AUGAAGUCGUUCACGGCGAUUGCAGUUGUUACUGUGGCCUUGCUGGCUGUUCUGGGCCAGGCUAAGCACUUGGACUCCAAGGUGGCGGACAAGGACUUUCUGGUAAAGCAGAAGUUCAUCUUCCAGAUGCUGCAGCAUAUUUACCAGGACGAUGUCUUUGUGCACCAAUAUGAAACCAGCUACUUGGAGUACAAGCCGUGGGAGCAUGUGGCCGACUAUAUGCAUCCGGAGAUGUUGGAGCACUUCUUUGAGCUGUGGCAACAUGAGCCCUUCACCGAUGACAUGCCGUGGUCAGUGAUGUACGAGAAGCACGAAGAGUAUGUUGUGGGUCUGGUGCGUCUUUUCUACUUCGCCCAAAACUGGGAGACCUUCCAGCACGCCGUAUUCUGGGCCCGUCAGCACGUGAACAAGCAGAUGUUCGUCUACGCCUUCACCAUCGCUAGUCUCUUCCGUGAUGAUAUGGAGGGAGUCGUCUUUCCAGCCCAUUACGAGAUCCACCCAUGGAGCUUCUUCGACAGCCAGGCCUUAGAAUGGGCUGAGCACUACAAAAUGCACGGAUUCCAUCAUGUCAAGCAGAUGGAUAACAUCUACAACGUUGUCAUCCGGGCUAACUACUCCAAUGCCCACGGCUCCCUGAACUACGAUCACGAUCUCGCUUACUACCUGGAAGAUGUGGGCUUCAACUCCUUCUACUACUACUUCAACUUGGACUAUCCUUUCUGGACCAAAGGCGGCGAGGGUCAUGUCCUGAACAAGGAUCGUCGUGGUGAGUUGUACCUGUUUGUUCACUGGCAGUUGCUGGCCCGUUGGUACCUGGAGCGUCUGUCCCACGAUCUUGGUGAGAUUCCGGCCUUCAACAUGUACGUCCCUACGGAGUCUGGCUAUGCCAGCAACCUGCGUAGCUACUACGGAGUACCCCAGUGGCACCGUGAGAACCACCACAGCUUCUACCACAACCACAACUACGAGAACAUUGAGCACGUUGAGAUGUACACGCAGCGCGUGAUGGACUGGAUCCACAAGAACGAGAAAUUCGACCAGGAGGCCGUCAACAUUCUUGGCAACAUCAUCCAAGGUAAUAAGGACAGUGUGGACACCAAGUUCUACGGCAGUCUGGACAAGCUCUACCGAUUCAUCGUGAAUGAGGGACACCACUACGGAAGCGGACAUGAGAGCUUCCCUGGUCUGUUCAUGCACUACGAUACUUCGAUGCGUGACCCCAUCUUCUACGAGGUGUACAAGACCCUGUUGGGCCACUACUGGCAUCUGAUGGAGACCUAUCCCGAGUACAAGAAGAAGGACUACGCCUUCGAGGGUGUCCAGAUCGAUGCUGUCCAUAUGCCCGAGAGUCUGACCACCUACUUCGAGUACUUCGAUUCCGACAUCAGCAAUGCCGUGAAUGUGGAGCCUGCCGUUGAGGGUGCUACGGACCCUCUGUACGUCUUCGGCCGUAACUCCCACUACAAGGGUUCCAGCUAUGUGAUCAAGGCCCGCCAGCAGCGCCUCAACCACAAACCCUUCGAAUUCACCAUGGAUGUGACCGCCGACAAGGCCCUGGAUGCUGUUGUCAAGGUAUUCAUUGGACCCAAAUAUGAUGAGCAUGGACACGAAAUUCCAUUGGAGUACAACUACCAGAACUUCGUCGAACUGGAGCACUUCAAGGUGCAUCUGGAGGCAGGCGUUAACCACAUCAAGCGGGCCAGCGGUGACUUCUCCGUCUGGGUGAACGACCGUACCACCUACCUGGAGCUCUACCAGAAACUGAUGGACGCCUCGAACAGCGAUUACAAGUUCAAACUUGACCAGUCGGAGGCCCACUGCGGUGUACCUAACAGGAUGAUGCUGCCACGCGGUAAGAAGGGCGGUCAGGUGUUCCAGUUCUUCUACAUGGUCUACCCAUACCAUCAGCCCGAGGUUGCUCAGUUCACCGGAUUUGAUCCUGUGAUCAGCUGCGGAGUUGGACACGGUUCCCGCUAUGUGGACACCCUGCCCUUCGGAUUCCCCUUCAACCGACCGGUGAAGCACGACUACUACUUCGAUGUCCACAACUUCAAGUUUGUCGACGUCAAGAUCUUCCAUCGCGACGAGCACACCAACGUUGUCUAGAUCCUAGACUUCAUGAAUACGAAUCUUAAACGAAUACGAAUUACGAUCACCAACGAAUUAACGAUAUUGGAUCCUUACAUGUUAUCUCUUGUCUACAUCCACUUCCCCCCAUAGAAUCCAUAAUUUAACUCAGUUCUACCUUAACUUGUCAGUCCACCUUGUGACCAUUCAACAAUAAACGUACCCAAAAAACAAA